CGUCAAUUUACCGGCGACGUUAGACGUCGUUGUGACGCUAUUUUACAUUGCGUGGGAUUUACUUUGUUCGUUUUUUAUUGCGUAAGUGAGUAUCUGGACGUUAGGUCGUCGUCGUCGUGGUAGCGUCAGUUUGUUCAACGCUGCUAAAGCCCUCUGGUGUUUGUGUUAUAUUACGUAUAUAUUAUCGGUUUACAAUUAAAAAACAAAAACAAACUACACAAAUAAUAACCAAUAUUUAAAAUCUAAUAGUUAACAAACAAAAAUUUAGUAUAAAGAAUUUUUUUUUUCCUUUCUUUCUACAAAGAUUAGUUAUUGUUUUUAAAAUAAAUAUAUAUUUUAUAUGAUAAAUUAUUAUUUUUUAUUAUUAUUCAAAUAAAUAUAUUGAAAUAAAAUUUUUUUUAAAUCGGUUCUAAAGAUUCGAAGGUCGAUGGUAGGUCAAUAGAAAAUACAAACUUUAUCCUUUGUCGCUGUUUCCACGAAACGUUAAAAAUUUUUAAAAAAUAUUUAAUUCAAUUUUGAUAUUUAAUUAAAAAUUUAAUUUUAAUUAUUUAUUUAUUUAUCUGUUCAAUCUUUCACUGACAUCACUGAAGACCAUGUGUACCACUUUGGUAUUAAAAAACGAAAAAAAAAAAAAAACAAAAAAAAGUGAUUCAUUACCGAGUAUUUUUGCUAUAGAAGAAUUUUCCAAAGAUCUUGCAUGACAUGAAUGAUUAUUAUUCUGAUAACGAUAUGAAUUAUUUUUUUUCUUCUGUUCCCUGUUUUUAUUUGUUGUUUAAAAAAUCAAGAUGACGUUGAGGUUCAACGAUCAUGUGUGUUAUACCCACAGCAAAGGGGAAGCACCUAUUAAAUGGGGAAGGGAGAUAUAUAUUUCUCAGGUUUUUAUCUGCUUAGACAAGCAAAGCAAAUAUAAUGUUUGUCACAAAUAUAAAAGAUCAGUGGUGGCAGUUUAGAGGCGUCAGUAAUUAGUGUAUACGUAUCGUGGAAACGGCAACAAGUGAUAAAAAAUAAAUUUAUAUUUUCAUAUCAAUAAUAGUUUUUUUCUUUAAUUAAUCUAUAUAAUAUAUAUUUUUUUUUAUAUAAAAUAACAGACGGAAAAUUUACGUGUCAGUUUAACUACUUGGGAUUUUUCAUCAAUCGGUGAAUUAAUUGAGAUAGAGACAAGAAGAAGAACUGGAAUUUUUUAUACACGACGUCCUGUUGUUAUAAAUUUAAUUGCAAUUGAUUCAACAACAUUUUUCGUUAUCGGUGAUACAUAAUUAGUGAAAAAUUAUUCGAUCAAGUGUUACAUGUGUAUGAUAAAAUAAAAAUAAUAAUUUAAAUAAAUUUAUAAGUGAAGAAAAAAUAGUUUUUUCAUUUGAAUGUUGCAAAGGAAACUUAUGAAGGGGUUUAUCGAAACAACGAAAUUCAUUACUCUUCUCAUCAGACAUAUUUGGGAUAUUGAUUGGAAACAGUAAUUCGGACAAGAGUUGUUAACUAAGAAUGCGAGAUGACGCAGCGAAUUUAUCAGUGGUCAACGAGCCCGCGCGAGGCAACACCCCCGGCUAUUCAAAUGGAGCCACCAAAGCUAAACUCUCAUCGGGAAAAAGUCCAAUCGAGGUGGAAUUUAUACCACCUCAGGUCAAAGAGGAAGAAAAACCAGUUCCACAACCACCUUCCCUUCCACCCGUGCCUUAUCACAAACUCUUUCGAUUUGCGACAUUCGGUGAGUUGAUGUAUGUGCUCGGAGGUCUGGUGAUGGGGACCUUGACGGGUCUCUGUAUUCCAAUAUCAACAAUACAAUAUGGUGAAUUUACAACAUUACUAGUAGAUCGAAAUAUGGUUAACCAAACGAGCACACCAACACUCAUCAUGGCAUGGUUUGGCGGUGGAAAAGUCUUAGGACCAAAUGCAACUUAUGCCGAACGUAUGGAUGCACUUUAUGAAGAUUCAGUAGCUUUUGGUGUAUCAUGUGUUGCAUUAUCAACAUUACAAUUUUUUUUUGCCAUUUUUGCUGUUGAUUUACUCAACGUUGCUGCAUUCCGACAAAUUGCUAGAGUACGAAGAAUGUUUUUAAGAGCAGUUUUGAGACAAGAUAUGAGCUGGUAUGAUACCAAUACAUCAACUAAUUUUGCCAGUAGAAUUACCGAGGAUUUAGAUAAAAUGAAAGAAGGAAUUGGCGAAAAAUUGGGAAUUUUUACGUAUUUAAUGGUCUCAUUUAUUUCAUCAAUAAUCAUAUCAUUUAUUUAUGGAUGGAAAUUGACACUUGUAGUAUUAAGUUGUGCACCAAUUAUUGUUAUUGCAACAGCAAUUGUAGCUAAAGUACAAAGCUCUUUAACUGCCCUUGAAUUAACGGCCUAUGGUCAAGCUGGAACUGUUGCUGAGGAAGUAUUGGGAGCAAUAAGAACAGUCAUUGCUUUUGGUGGUGAAAAAGUUGAAGUUGAUAGAUAUACUAGAAAACUUGCACCAGCUGAAAAAACAGGAAUAAAAAGAGGUCUAUGGUCAGGUGUUGGUGGUGGUGUUAUGUGGUUUAUUAUUUAUCUCAGUUAUGCAUUGGCAUUUUGGUAUGGUGUAACAUUAAUUCUUGAAGAUCGUGCAAAACCAGAAAAAGAAUAUACACCAGCUGUUCUUGUUAUUGUGUUUUUUGGUGUUCUUGCUGGUGCCCAAAAUAUGGGAUUAACAUCACCACAUCUUGAAGCAUUUGCUGUUGCACGUGGAUCAGCAGCUGCUGUAUUUCAAGUGCUAGAUCGUGUACCAACAAUCGAUAGUCUCAGUACAGAAGGUCAAAAACUCGAAAAAGUUACGGGUGAUAUAGAGUUUAAGGAUGUACAUUUUAAGUAUCCGGCACGAAAAGAUGUUAAAGUUUUACAAGGAUUAAAUUUAAAAAUUAAACAUGGUGAGACAGUGGCACUUGUUGGUGGUUCAGGUUGUGGAAAAUCUACUUGUUUACAACUUAUUCAACGUCUUUAUGAUCCAUUACAAGGACAAGUUUUCUUGGAUAGCGUUGAUAUAUCAAAACUAAAUGUUUCAUGGAUGCGAUCACAUAUCGGAUUAGUAGGCCAAGAGCCAGUUCUUUUUGAUACAACUAUACGUGAAAAUAUUCGUUAUGGCAAUGACAGCGUUACAGAAGAAGAAAUGAUUAAAGCUGCAAAGGAAGCUAAUGCACAUGACUUUAUUAGCAAAUUGCCCGAGGGUUACGAUAGUCCAGUUGGUGAAAGAGGUUCACAAUUAUCUGGUGGACAAAAACAAAGAAUUGCUAUUGCUCGUGCUUUAGUUAGACGACCAGCAAUAUUAUUACUUGAUGAAGCAACAUCAGCAUUAGAUCUUCAUAGUGAAGCAACAGUUCAACGUGCACUUGAUGCUGCAUCAAAGGGUAGAACAACUGUUAUUGUUACCCAUCGACUUUCAACAAUUACAAAUGCCGAUAGAAUUGUUUUUAUUAAAGACGGUCAAGUAGCAGAAAUGGGUACUCAUGAAGAAUUACUUGCUUUAGAACAACAUUAUCAUGCUCUUGUAUCUGCUGAUGCUAGUGCAACAGCUAAAGCCAAAGUAACUGCAUCAGUUGCUAAAACUGUAACAGCAGCAAAACCAAAAGUUAAACCACCAUUAAAAAAACAAUUUUCAACUCUUUCAAUGCAUUCACAUCGUUUAUCAUUGGCUGGUGGAUCAACAACAUCUGAUGAUGAAUUAGAAGUACAUGAAAAACCAUAUGAUGUUCCAAUGAAAAGAAUAUUUGAUUUAAAUAAACCAGAGUGGCCAUUUAAUUUAGUCGGUUGUCUUGCAGCAGCAGUUGUUGGUGCUUCAUUUCCAGCAUUUGCUGUAUUAUUUGGUGAAGUUUAUUAUGUAUUAGGUUUACAAGAUCCAGAAGAAGUAAUGCGAGAAACAAUCAACUUUUCUAUACUCUUUAUUGUGGUUGGUGUUGUUACUGGAAUUGGUACUUUCUUACAAAUGUAUAUGUUUGGUUUAGCUGGUGUAAGAAUGACUGCUCGUUUAAGAACAAUGACAUUUGGUGCAAUGUUAAAACAAGAAAUGGGUUGGUAUGAUGAGGAUAGUAAUAGUGUUGGUGCACUUUGUGCAAGAUUAUCAUCAGAUGCAUCAGCAGUUCAAGGUGCAACAGGAAGUAGAGUUGGUUCAAUUCUUCAAGCACUUUCAACUCUUGUUUUGGGAAUUGGUGUGUCAAUGUAUUACACAUGGAAAAUGACACUUGUAUCUGUUUUAUCAAUUCCAUUGGUAUUGGGAGCUGUAUUUUUUGAAGCAAGAAUAAUGGGUGGUCAAGGAAUGCAAGAAAAAAAGAAAAUGGAAGCAGCAACAAGAAUUGCAGUUGAGGCAAUAUCAAAUAUACGAACUGUUGCAAGUUUAGGUAAAGAAGGUGCAUUUUUAGAUCGUUAUUGUGUUGAACUUGCACAUGUUGCACAAGCAACUAGAACUAGAAAUCGUUUACGUGGUCUUGUAUUUUCUUGUGGUCAAACUACACCAUACUUUGGUUAUGCUCUUAGUCUUUAUUACGGUGGUUAUCUUGUGGCAAGAGAAGGUUUAAGUUAUCAAGAUGUAAUUAAGGUUUCUGAAGCUCUUAUAUUUGGUUCUUGGAUGCUUGGUCAGGCACUUGCUUUUGCUCCAAAUUUUAAUACAGCUAAAAUAUCUGCUGGAAGAAUAUUUAGAUUACUUGAUCGUGUACCAGAAAUAACAACACCACCAGAAUUAGAUGAAAAAGAUAAAAAUUGGAAAGCCGAUGGUUUAAUACAAUUUUCAAAAGUUGAAUUUCAUUAUCCAACUCGUACAGAAUCACAAAUUUUACGUGGUCUUAAUUUAAUUGUUAAACCUGGUCAAAUGGUUGCACUUGUUGGUCAAAGUGGAUGUGGUAAAUCAACUUGUAUACAGUUACUUCAAAGACUUUAUGAUCCAUUGUCAGGUACUGUUACAAUGGAUAGACGUGAUAUAUCAUCUGUAUCACUUGCUUCUUUAAGAUGUCAACUUGGUGUUGUUGGUCAAGAACCUGUUUUAUUUGAUCGUACAAUUGCUGAAAAUAUUGCAUAUGGUGAUAAUAAUCGUACUGUUACAAUGGAAGAAAUUAUUGAAGCAGCUAAAAAAUCUAACAUCCAUAGUUUUGUCAGCUCUUUACCUCUUGGCUACGAUACAAGGCUUGGAAGCAAAGGAACACAGUUAUCAGGUGGACAAAAACAACGUAUUGCUAUUGCUCGUGCUCUGGUUAGAAAUCCACGUAUAUUGUUACUUGACGAGGCAACAUCUGCUCUUGACACUCAAAGUGAAAAAAUUGUUCAAGCAGCUUUGGAUAAAGCUAUGGAAGGAAGAACUUGCAUCACUAUAGCUCAUCGUCUUGCCACCAUUAGAAACGCUGACGUCAUUUGUGUUCUUGAAAAAGGUGAAGUUGCUGAAAUGGGUACUCAUGAUGAUCUUAUUGCUGCCGAUGGUCUAUAUGCUCAUCUUCAUGCUCUUCAAGAAGCUGCCAUGGAGUAAAUUACCAAGUUCUCGGAGCCCCAAAAUAUAUAAAUUUUCUUUUUUUCUUUUUUCAUGUUUAUUUUCAUUUUCAUUUUUUUUUUUUUUUUUGUUUUGUCUUUUGAGAGGAAAGGUGUUCAAUUGUUUAUCAAUAUAAAUAAUGAAAAUUAUAUUCACGAUAAAAUUAUAGUAAUUAAUAAUAAUAUUAAUAAUCAUAAUAAUAUUAAUAAUAAAGUUUAGUUAAGUUAUUAGUUUGCGCAUUUAAAAUUGGAUGUGUAGGUGUUUAAAUGAGCAAUUUUGAUGUAUGACUUAAAACUUAAUUAAUGGAGCACCGGGAACUUUUAAAAUAUAACUUUUUGUUGUUUUUUUUUUUUUUUUAUCCAACUCAUUAUGUGUAUAUUAUUAUUAUACAUACAUAUAUAUAAUAAAAAUUAAAAUGAGUAAAUGAUGAAUUUUUGAAAAAUAUUAACUAAAAAAUGGCUGAUAAUAUACAAUGUGGCUUGAUUCAUCUAGAAAUGGCAUGCUAACCUUUACGUUAUAGUUAUUUAGGUUGCAUGUUUAGUUUUGAUUGUUAGUUGAAAAAAAAAAAUUAGGAAACCCCGGAGAAUGACAUUGAAGAUGUGAUUCAAUACUAUAUAUAUACUUUUUUUGUUUUUUUUUUCAUUCUUUAGUUGUCUGAUAUUUUAAUAAAAAGAUAAUAUAUUAUUAUUUUUAUUAUAAUAAUAAUAAUUAAAAAAAAUAAAAAUUAGAUAUUCAUUUGAGCGUAUAUGUCAUUUUGUCAAAAAGUACUUAUUGUAGAAACUCAUUUAUGCACCUUAAAAAAAUCGGGUCAAUUGAUAUCGAUGUAGAUAAUGAUAUUAGACCAAAUUAAGACUUUUGAGAGCAAUAUAAAAAUUUUAAAAAAUUACACAAGUAGAUUAGUUUAUAAAAUUUCUAAAUGUUUUUAAAAUUAUUAUUAUAAUUUUUUCCUUUUUUCUAUUGGUAUUUAUUAUUUGCACUUUAUUUAUUCUGGUCAUCUUUUUUUUUUUUCUUUAAAUUUUAAUAUUAAAUUUAUGUUUUAUUUUUUGAGUAAUAUUUUUUUAGUUGAAAUUCUUCGAGUCUUCGUUAUCGGAUAUAUGAGAAAAUAUUAUAACAAAUAUUUAAAAAUUAAUAUUAAAGAAAAAAAGAAAGGAUAUUUUGCUUACCUUUCUUGUUGGGUAAGAUGAUUUUUAACUUCAUGUUUUUGUUCUUGUGAAAACAAAUAUUUAGCUUGAUACAAGCAACGUAAAAUCUACAUAUCGGUAUAACAUCACCAAUGCUCCAGGCAAAGACAAAUUUCUCAUUAUGUUUGAAAUAAAUUUUUUAUUUCAUCUGAAACAAAAACACAAAGAAUAUACAUGUAAAUAAAUAUUAUAUAUCUUUUAAAAAUAUAGAAAUAAUACACAACGAUUUAAUAUCAAGGCCAUCAUACAAUAAAAUCCUCGUGCAUCAUUUUGUUCUGUUUGUAUUUGAAAAUUGUCAUAUCUCCUCAGGCAAUGUCACUUUCAAAUUUAGAUUAUAACUUCAGAUAUAGUCGUAUAAUGUAGUUGAAAAAUAAUAUAAAUAAAAAAAUCACAAUCCAAAUAAAUAACAAAAAAAAAGGAAUAAAACUUAAAAGUUAAUUUUAACAAAUUUUAUCUGUAUUUUAUUGUUUGUUUGUUUUAUUUAAUUUUUUUUUUUCUAUUUCCAGUGAUAUUACAAUUAAUAUAAUAAUAAAUUUAUAACAAUCAUGGAUAAUAUAGCUGCCAAAAAAAAAAAAAAAAAACAAACACUACACAAUGCCAACUACGACAAAGAAAAAAAAUAUUUGCAAAAUCGUUGAAACAAAUGAAACUGUUGAUGUGCCUACAAUUGUUAAUUAUAUAAUCGUGUUCGAAAAUUAAUGUUCGUAUAAAAAAAAAACUCAUUGACUUGAUAUCUUCGCACCGGACCAAAAAAAUCCAACUUAAAUUAUAAAAAAAAAUCA